ACAAUGGAGGAAAUAAGAUCGGCGAUGGAGCAGCAAAUGGAUCUCAUGGCGGAUCUAGUCCAGAAGCUCUCCGGAGAGCUCCGAACUGGAUUACAGCCUGCCUACGAUAAUUUCUUGGGAUUUUUCCACGCGAUCGAUUGGAAGGAACCUUGGAUUAUGGGAUUAGUGGCGUUUCAUGCUCUGUUGCUACUGGUUACUCUUCUUUCUAGAAGGCAUCUCAACUUCCAUAUGUUUUUGUUCUUAUUGGCAUUGGGUGGAGUAUACUUUGCAGAGAAUCUUAACCGGCUCUUGAAGAAAAACUGGAGGAGCUUCUCAACUCAAGACUACUUUGACCAGCCGGGAGUCUUCGUCUCGACUCUCUGGUCAGGACCACUUCUGGUCAUUGCAAUGAUAAUCCUGAUAAACACUCUCUUCUCGCUUUGCUACUUAAUUGUAAAAUGGAAAAGAGCUGAGCUUAGGCAUCGUGCAAGGCUUGCUCGUUCCAAGCAGGAGUCGUCGAUUUUUGCACUCUUCAACGGCCUCCUCCUUUUCAAAAAUCAAAAAGAGAUUGGAGAGAGAAAAUCUCGAAGAGUCAAGAAAGAGAAACGGAUGGAAGAGGGGCAACGAGUGCUGGGGAAGACGAUCCCUGUCUUCACAGUGCUGAAAAACGGCGCGAUUCUCAAGAACAUAUUCGUCGUCAAUAGCCGCGAUUUUUCGUCGCCGGAUAGAAACGGUAACGCCGUGUGCGACGACGGCGAGGUAGAGGAGAUCCUGCUCGUCGGUCGGCAUCCAGACUGCGAUAUUCUGCUAACGCACCCUAGCAUUAGCAGAUACCACCUGCAAAUCCGCUCUUUACCUUCUCGUCAGAAACUCUUCGUCACGGAUCUGUCCUCUGUUCAUGGGACAUGGGUUACGGAUCAGAAAGUCGAGCCGGAUGUUUGUGUUGAGGUGAAGGAAGGUGAUGUUAUCAGGAUCGGUGGUUCAACAAGGAUCUAUAGACUACACUGGAUUCCGCUAAGCCGUGCUUAUGAUAUCGACAACCCGUUUGUUCCACCACUCGACGCGUCUUUAGCGAUGGAGCAAGACGAAGAGAAUAGAAUGCUUGAAGCAGAAGAAAAUCUAGAUGUUGCAAAUCAGUUACUAGCGAAGAGUGCAUUGGUUGAUGACGGAGAUGUACAUCUGGAUGUGACGUCUGAAGGUAGUGGAUCAUCAGUCCCUAGUGAGGAUGAGGAUACAUAUAUUACGACAAGGGAGAAUUCGUUGCCGCUUGCAUCUCCGAGUGUUUUCACAGUAGCUAGAGAUUCUGUCGAGACAGAUAAGCUACAAUUCAAUGAAGAUUUGCAGACUUUAACAAAGUGGGACUUGUAUGUUGAUGAAGCCGCAGCAGAGAAGCCAAGUAGCUGCUACGCCCAAAGUAAGCAACAGAGUGAUGGUUUAGAUGGUUCUGAAAUUGAAGUCUCUGCAGAGGCUGAUGAAUGGGAUGUAAGAGGAAAUGAAGUUUUGCAUCUGAGUGUGAUGUCAGAGAGAAUGGAGUCAUCAGUCUUAAAUGAAGAUGAGGAUCCAUAUUUAGCUUCAAAUGAGAGUUCAUCGCUUCCACUCCAAAGAGAAUCCAUUGAGACAGAAAAACUACAGCUCACAGGAGAUGUCCAGGCUUCACCAGAAUUGGGCAUAAAUAUUGUAGAAGCCAAAGCAGAAAAUAGUGGCUGCACCCCAAGUAAGGGACAUAUUGAUGGCUGCUUUGAAGGCUCAGAUUGUACUGCAUUUGAAUUGGCUGCGGAGGAUGAGAUUCUGAGCCUCUAUCGAGAAGUCUGUGGAGAAACUGAGAUUGUCACACAGCGACUAAUGGAAGCAUCUCCUGAACCAGUAACUAAGGCUGAAUUUCGGAGUCACGUAGACAAUGGAGAAAUUGAGGUCGCGGGGCAACAUAUUGCAGUAUCUCCCAAUUCAUGUCCUCAAGCUGAGCAACUGUUGGAAAAUUUUAAUGAAGAUGCUCGAGACCUCUUUGGUUCUGAAUUCCAGAGUGAAGUGUCCUUAGAAACUGAUGGUGAGAACCUACAUCAAAAAAUCAAUGAAGUGAAUCCACGAAUGAACAGAGAGGCUGAAAAAGUAUUUGAGGAACGGAGCAACUCAUCAGAAAAUCGGAAAACCACAACAGAAACGGCAGUUGGCUCUGACAGAUCUGGAGACUCUUACAAACUAAGCGAAAUAGGGAGCGAAGGAGUUACUGAUACGGAGGUUUCAUUUUCUUCAACCUUGGCUGCUGAAACAUGUGAGGAUACAAAACUGAUUGAAGAACUACUUUCUUAUUGUACUGAGAGUCAAGAAAAUCAGACCCAGCAACCACAUGCUGUUAGCGAUAAUGCACUCUCUGAGAUGGAAAAGGCUGCUUCUGUUCCAUUACUUGAAGCCUCAGGCUGUUCUGCAUUUGAAUUGGCUGCAGAGGUUGAGAUUCUGAGCCUUCAUCAAGAAGUCAGUGAAGAAAUUGGGUUUGUCACAGAGAAUGUAAUGGAAGCAUCUGACGAACCACUAGCUAAAGUUGACAUCGAGACUCACAAAAACGACGGAGAAACUGAGGUCUUGGGGCAAGUAUCUCCCUGUUCCUUCCCUCAAACUGAGCCAACUUUAACUGGAGAUGCCCGAGGCCUCUUAGGUUCUGAAGUGGCCAUAGAGACUGUUAGUGAGAACCUACAUCAAAAUAGCGAUGAAGAAACGAUCAGCCCAAGGCAAGACAGUGAAGUAUCUGAUUAUUCGUUUGCUGGCAACGAACGUCUUUUAGGAAUCAAUACAGAAGAUAUCCAAAGUCUAUGCUCGAGCUGGCAGCUACUUUCCGAGAGUGAAGUCGAUGCUCCAUUUGAGAUCUCUACUGAAGCAAGAGAUGAGAAUCAAAACUCAGGAAUGUACAAACAGGCUGAAAAAGUAUUUGAUGAAGGGAGCAGUUCGUACCUUUCUGAGGACUUUGAUCAUUGUGGAACACAAAGUUUCUUGUUGACACCAACUCAGAAACCCAGAACAGAAUUGUCAAUUGACUCUGGGAGAUCUGGAGAAUCUUACAGACAAGGUGAAAUAGAGGGUGAAGAAAAUACUGAUAAGGGGAGUCCCAUGGCUGCAGAAACAUUUGAGGAUACAGAACAGAUAGAAGAACUGCCUUCUGAUUAUACUGAAGGCCAAGAAAACCAGACCCCGGAAACACAGUCUGUUAGAAAUGAUGUAUUAUCUGAGCUAGAUAGCUCAAUAAGCUCCUCGAGAAGAUUGAGCACAUGCAACAUUUGGUCUCGGAGGGGAAAAGCUGCUUCUGUUCUUCAGGUCCGGACCAACAGUAGUAAAGGAAAGCAAAAAAGUAUUGGGAGUCAACCAAAAGACCAGUUGCAGAGAAAACAGGCUCUAAGUGCAGAGAAACUGGUACCAGAGAUUUUUACUCCUGACAAAGAGAAUCUCACCCCAAGUUCUCAUAUGUUGAAAAGAUUACAAGAUAUUGGUGACAUAGAAGAUAGCAAGAGCUCUUUAAAGCUUUCCGGAAAACCAUGCUCGUCAAGGAUGCCUUCCAGUAUCGCUGUUUUUACUUCAGGGGCAUUCGCAGAACCAGAAAUCUUCACCCCAGAUAAGGAGAAUCUUACCCCAAACUCUCAUAUGCUAAAGCGUCUGCGAGAAGUUGGUGAGAUUAAGGAUACUAAAGGAUCCUCCUCUAAAGCAACACGUAAACCAUUCUUUGACAUUCAUAUGGAAGAAAACGUGAUGGAGGAACAGAAACAAGAUCUACACAGCAUGAGCAGAAAAUCAAAGUUGAAGCAUGAUGAGGCUGUGGCACCGAAGAAGAAAGCUGUACGGGCACCUUUUCAACCUCAACUUGAGAAAGCUUCUUCCCAAACAUACACUGAGGCUACUACUGCAUCAGCAAGAAACAACAUUUCCAGAGGCAUUCGUUCUUCAUCUAACCUUUCUGAUGGAAAGAACAAGAUGAAGUGGACCAUUGUGCUGGACACUUCUUCACUCCUCGACAAGGACUCUAGGAAGCCACUGCACUUACUACAAGGUCUCAAGGGGACACAUAUGGUCGUACCAAGAACAGUGUUAAGGGAACUAAAUGAGACGAAGCGAACUCGCAGUCUUUUCUUUAGAAGAACAACAGAGAUCGCUUCCUCGGCUCUGGAUUGGAUCGAAGAGUGUAAGGUUAAUACCAAAUGGUGGAUUCAACUCCAAAGCCCAUCAGAGGAAACCAAAGCAAAUGCACCAACACCACCAGUCACUCCUCAGUCAAAUGUCUCAGCUGCAUUCCCGUUUUCAGUUCACUGGAAUCAUAACGCACCAGAGAUCGAUUCUCCUACAUCACAAGAUCAAGUUCUCGAAUGUGCACUUCUUUAUCGAAACCGUAACAUCGACGAAAAACUCGUUCUUCUAAGCAACGAUGUAACUCUCAAGAUCAAAGCCAUGGCAGAGGGUGUGAUUUGCGAGACGCCACAUGAGUUCUACGAGAGUCUGAAGAAUCCUUUCUCGGAGAGGUUUAUGUGGACAGAGAGUUUGCCUAGAGGAAGGACUUGGAGCCGUCUAGACGACGUCGUGCUGAGAGAAAGGUACGAAAACGACCAAACUUAUUCUCCUUACAGGAAGAAGAAGUCAAUGUUCAAUGGAGGAAGAGGAGAGAGUGUUGCAGCAGCAAAAGGCUUAAAGCUCAUAUUACUCCAUAACUCUCACUAUGGUCACAUUCAUUGAUGAUGAUGCAUUAUCCAAGUAAGCUCUCGCUUACACAUGGGUAACAUGGAAUAUUUUUUCUUUAUUUUAGAAAUAAUGACAUUUUCGUAUUAUUAUGACUUUUUCGAUUGUGGAAUUGCAUUUAUCUUCCAACUAUAGAGAUCGUCGUCAUUCCCACAAAAAAUAUAGAAUAUUUGAGUAAAUCCGUUUGUCUUAAAUAGAGACCACAAACUUUGAAAAAUAAUC